AUGCAAACCUAAGACUUGGGAUAUUUAAUCAAUGCCUUAUAGUUAACAUAUGGAACAUCAUAAGAGAGUGUAAAUAAUGGAGAGGCUCUUUUAAAAUAAGCAUCUUUACAACCAUUAUAUGCCAUUUCAUUAUUAAGGAUAGUGGAUGAUUAAACACAGCCAGAAUUAUUGAGACAAAGUGCUGUUGUCAACUUGAAAACAUUUUUAGAAAAGCAUUGGGCUGAUAAGAAAGAACCAGGCCACUUUGUUGUAAGUGGAGAAGAAAAAAGUGUGAUUCGAGCAACCAUUAUUGACGCUUUAGCAAGGUAGCUUAAUAAUUUAAUAUCAUAAUAUGAAGAUCUGAUAUACAAAUUGGUAGCUAUAGACUUUCCUAAUGAUUGGCCUUAAUUAGUACAAUAAUUAGUAAUUAAAUUACAAAACUUCACCUCAUAUGAAGACCUUUGGAGUGCAUUGCUUACAUUAAGACGUGCAUGCGAAGUCCAUUAAUUUUUAUUGGAAAAUGAUCGUAAACCAUUGGAACCAUUAGUUGCUUCAACAUUUCCUAUUUUGGAAACUCUGAUUCAAAAGUUUUUAGAAGGGUACAAUGAAUAGAGUGGAUAACUCGUAAAGGUGAUUUUGAAGAUAUUCCAUCACGCAACUCAUUUAGUGAUGCCUAUAUAUAUGAGAGAUUACAAUGCAGUAGCUAAAUGGAUGCUUUAUUUCAAGACAAUUAUACAAGCACCUCCCCCUCCUGAGUUAUCAACUUUAACUUAAGAUUCUGAAGAAGAAACCAGAAGAGAAAAAACAUAUAUAUGGACAAAUAAGAAAUGGGCAAGCAGAAUCAUAUUGAGAUUCAUUUAGAAAUUUGCCAAUAAAAAAAUGGUCGAAUCAAAUAUGGCUGAGUUUGCAGAACACAUUAAAUCAACUUAUGCCAUAGGGUUUAUGGAAAUAUUUUAUAAGAUUUUAACAGAUAACACUUAAUUCUAGGGACCUAGAACUUGCUUGUUUGCUCUCAAAUAUUUAUUCUACUCUUUAAAAUUAGACAAUACAAAGGAAUUACUCAAGCCUCAUUAUGACAAACUUCUAUAUCACAUUGCUAUUCCAAAAAUGCAAUUGACUCCAAGAGAUGAUUAAUUGUGGAAAAAUGACCCUGAAGAAUAUAUCAAAAGAUUAGACGAUUUCUCUCUUUCAACUUACAAUAUCAAGAACCCUGCCAAUGAUAUUCUUUAAGAAGUUUGUCAAUAAAAAGAUGUAAAUGGCAAUUUGAUGUUGAUUUCAUUUCUUAAUUAUUGUUAAACUGCCUUUAGCACUAAUAUUGAUCCAUUAACAAAUCAACCUUUAGAUCUUCUCAAAAAGGAAGCAUUAUUAUCGGGUAUUGAAAGUUUGGUUCACUAAAUCUCAAAAAUCAACUCCAUUCAGGGUGGUUUAGAAUAAAUCUUAGAGAAGUUCAUUCUAUAAGAGUUCUCAAACCCAGUUGGAUUUUUAAGGGCUAGAGCAUGCCAUUUAUUCAAUGAAUAUGGCUCUAUUGAAUUCAAAAAUAAACAAAACAUAUAAUUGGCAGUAUAGGGAAUAUCGAAAUGUAUAUUAGAUAAAGAAUUACCAGUCAGAGUUGCUGCAGCUAUAGCAUUUAGUUCAAUUCUUAAACACAAGGAAGCUUAAGAUUUGAUAAGGCCUUAAUUAAGUUAGGUGUUGGAAAUAUAUAUUAAAUUGAUGGAAUUGAUUGAUAAUGAAAAGAUUGUAAGAUCACUAGAAGAAAUAGUUAAGAAUUUUACAAAUGAAAUCACUCCUUAUGCUCAUUAAUUAUCUGCUCAUAUUGCUACUAUCUUCUAAAAGUAUUGCAACAAAUAGAAUUAAGGAGAUGGUGAUUCUGAUGACGACGGUGAAGCUGAAUUAGCUGCAUCAGGAUGUUUAGAGGCCAUCAAAAGAAUCCUUAACGCUCCACUCCAAUAAGAGUCUUAUAUAUAAUUGGAAUCAGUUAUCUUUCCAAUUAUUAAUUUUGCUUUAACAGAAACUGGCUGUGACUUCAUUAAUGAGGCUUUAGAGAUCUUGAACAUAAUGCUUUAUAAAAGAAAACAAUUGACUCCAGGUUUAUGGUUCUAUUACCCAGUCUUGUGUUACAUCAUAUUGGGAAUCCCUGAGGAAACCAAUGUUUAUAGUAUCUAAGGUUUAUCAGAGGAUUAAUAUGUGUUGUUAGAAGGAUGCAAGAAAGAUUGGGGAAGUGAAUUUGUUUCCUAGAUGUUGGGAUCCUUCAGAAACUAUAUCUAAAAAGGAGGAGCCACUUUUUUGACUUAAAAUGAUUUCUUUGGAAAUUCAUUUAUUUCCUUGAUCUUUAGAUUCAUAUAAAAAAUUUAUGCUAUUGCUGACAAUGGAAAUGAUGAAACAGACUAAAAUUAAGUUACCACAAUACUGAUUGCUUUAAUUGAAAAUUACCCUGGUUAAAUAGACAAUCUGAUUCCAUAAAUCGUGGACUUUACAUUACUUAAUUUAUAAAAAGAGAAAAAAACUAGUAGAUUCAAAAUUGUCAAUAUUGGAGUUUUGUGCAUGUGUAUUUGGUAUAAUCCUAAUCUUGCUGUUAAUUACUUAAACAGUAAAGGAUUGACAGAUCAGAUCCUCUAAACUAUGCUUUAAAUGGAAAAGUUCUAUAAAUAUGAAUGGGAUAUCAAUAGAUUAAUCUUCGCUCUUUGCUAAUUGUAUUCUCUACCUCAAAUACCUAAUUUUUUAUUGUCAACAUCAUCAGAAGUUGGAAAAUUAUUUGUGAGAUUAUCAACAAAAAUAUUGGAUUUACGAGAAGAAGAGGAAUCUUGUGAUUAAGAAGAUUAAGCCGAAGAGGAGGAGGAUCUUAAAAAAACUAUUGAAAAAAUCUAAGAUUUAGAAUAGGAUGAUGAUGAAGAUGACGAAGAUUAUGAUGAAGGUGAUGAUGAUUAUGCCGAACUCUAUGAUAGUCCACUUGAAGAUUACGAUGCCAUUUUAUUAAUGGAAAAAUUAGUUUUGACUUUACAAUAAAAUAAUCAGUAAUUGUAUGCUGCCUUGUUCUCUUAAUUGAAUCAAUAAGAAUAAGAACAAAUGACCAAAAAUAUUAAAGAUGCUAAGGAAUAAUAUGAUGAAUGGCUUAAAUAGAAGUCAUAAAAUAAGUGAUAUUUGUUUAUAUAUCAUGAAAUCUAU